AUGGAGGGGAACUUGUCAUACCUGCUGGACAGAGGCAGCUCCGAGGACACGGUGGUGGAUUACAUGUCACCGACAGCGAGCUCCUCCGCAGCCUAUGAAUACUCCUUCUACCCAGAACUGGACAUCAGCUGUGAUUUUGAAAAUAUUCCGGCAUUUGCGUCUACCUUUUUUCCAGUGCUGUACUCCCUACUGUUCAUGAUCGGCCUCGUGGGAAAUGCUUUGGUCAUCUGGGUCCUAACAGUCUUCAAGAAAGUCAGGGCCAUGACUGAUGUGUAUCUGUUGAACCUCGCCAUCGCUGACCUACUCUUUGUUUUCUCCCUCCCCUUCUUGGUUCAGUACUCCAUCGUGAGCCAGUGGACUUUUGGAAAUGCCAUGUGUAAAAUCAUCAGCUCAGCUUACUUCAUUGGUUUCUACAGCAGCGCUUUCUUCAUAACCAUCAUGAGCGUCGACAGGUACUUGGCCAUUGUGCGGUCUGUCUACGCUCUACGGGUCCGGACGACUGCCCAUGGGGUUAUCACCAGCCUGGUCCUUUGGGUAGUGGCCAUCUUAGCGUCAACACCAGACUUGAUUUUCUUCCAGGAAAUGAAUUACCACAACCAGACUAAGUGCAUCCCUCACUAUCCUGACAGCAACAAUGGCUGGAAGACUUUCAGUAAUUUUGAGGUCAAUGCUCUGGGGUGGCUGAUCCCCGUUGGUGUCCUCAUUUUCUGCUACUACAGCAUCUUGAAAAACCUGCAGAAGUGCCAAACUCAGAAGAAGUACAAAGCAAUGAAACUGGUUUUUAUUGUCGUCAUUGUGUUCUUCCUCUUCUGGACCCCCGUCAACAUUGUGCUUUUUCUGGAUUCUCUGCGGAACAUGUACAUCAUCGACGACUGCCACACAAGCCAAAGGCUAGACCUAGCCAUGGAGCUGGCCGAGGCACUCUCCUUCGUCCACUGCUGCCUCAACCCCAUCAUCUAUGCCUUCGUGGGUGAGAAGUUCAAGAAGCAUCUCUGGGAAGCUUUCAGAAAAUACGCAUGCUUUCUGUUGAUCUGCAAGGACUACAGUGCUUUCAGUGGGCGCAGCCUGGACAAGCACUCCUCUCUGCACACGAUGUCCUCACAGUCAUCUUUUGUCGGCACUGUCUUAUAG